UUUUUGUUUGUUUUGAAUUUUUUUUUUUUUUUUAAUUCUCUGGAUCUUUGAUCUGAAUCAAAUGAAAGAAAUAUCAACUUUGUUCAUAUAUCUAGAUUUGAUACCAUAUUGGGCUAGGGUUUACUUUUUCAUUUUAAUAUCGUCGUCUCAUUUACAAUUAUAAUAGGGGAAAAUGUCAUUUCUAAAUACCAUACGAGGAUUAGGAAGAAGUUCUAAGAAGACUAAGAAAGAUAUCGACCCUCUGUCACCUUUAUAUUCACUUCCAAAUGGUUCUGGAACUCUGUUAAGGAGGACACAAUCACCAACUAAGGUGUCUCCUACUAAGCAACGAACCAACCCUAAUAAUCAAAUGCAAUUUUCAAAUUCUCAUACCCUGUCCCCAACCAAAAGAAAUAGAACAUCACAACAAAGUUCAAGACAACUGCCACAACGUCAACAUCAACAACUUCAUACAACUAAUGAUGAAAUAGUGAAAGAGCCUCAAGAGUUACCAUUAUUCUUAUGUGAACCAUUUGUUAAAACUGCCUUGGUGAAAGGUUCUUUCAAAACCAUUGUCCAACUUCCAAAAUAUGUUGACGUAGGUGAAUGGUUAGCUCUAAAUAUUUUUGAAUUAUUCAAUAAUUUGAAUCAAUUUUAUGGGGUUAUUGCUGACUAUGUAACUCCAGAAGCAUAUCCAACAAUGAAUGCAGGUCCUCAUACCAACUACUUAUGGGUAGAUGGAAACGGACAAACCGUAAAUUUACCUGCCUAUCAAUAUAUUGACUACGUUAUUACAUGGAUAUCAGGUAAGAUAAAUGAUCAAUCUGUUUUCCCCACUAAGAGUGGAGGAGCAUUCCCACCUAACUUUUUAAAGGACUGUAAAAACAUUUCCAGACAAAUGUUUAGGAUAUUUGCUCAUAUAUAUUAUCAACACUUCGAUAAAAUAGUUCAUCUUUCCCUUGAAGCACAUUGGAAUUCAUUUUUUGCUCAUUUCAUCAGUUUCGUUAAAGAGUUUAAUUUAAUCGAGGCAAAUGAAUUGGCUCCAUUAGCACCAUUACUUGCGAAUUUAGAGCAACAAGGUAAAAUAGUUUAGUUUAGGAAUGAAACGUGUACUUUUUGUAAUAUACAUAUCAUAUAUACAAUCAAAAUAAAAUUUUGUGAUAGUGUUAAAAAACUUUCUAAUUUAUGCUUUUUUGAUAAAAUGCAACAUAAUGUAAUCUAUAUACAAGGAGAUAAUAUGAUAUUGUUCGUGAUGUUCAUGAGAAAAAAUAAGGAGAUUGUUUAACUGUUUCGACAUCAAAUCCACCUCUUUCGGGUAUGUCUGGGAAUUUUAAUGGUACUAAAACUGGGAAUCCAGUUGUACCAAUAGCGACAGAAUAUAAAUCAUAUUUUUCGGUAACGCUAAUGGUAGUUUCCAUGUUCUUACCUUCUUCGACU